CUCACUCUUUCAAUUCUAUCCACUUCUGUUGAGGGUUAAGCUUCCUGCGGUGCCCGACCCUUGGUGACAGUCUGGUGACACACCACUACUUAGAUCGCAAUCGUCAGACUCGUAACACAUCACCCAUCAGUAGGGCAAUAAUGGGCAAAUGGGCAAAUGGGCAAAUGGGCAAAUGGCAAUAGCAAUGGCAUGCGCACCAUGGGACCCACAAAAAGGCUUCAAGCCUUCAACUAGUCACAGUACUUGUGUAAUCAAAGUAGUACGAGGCAGGCAUGCCCUUCAACCCUCUCCCCAGAAUGAACGAAUGCCUUGCCUUGCCUUGCCCUGCCCUCGAUCCAGCCACGCCAUUUAUCGCCCGAAUCUCCCACUCAGUCUAGCCCUCCAUGGCCAGUCGACUAUCCAAGCCACCCGUACGGAAUACUCCGACGGAGACGACGGAGUCGCCAUGGAGGCCACGCCAUGGUGGUGGUGGUUGUGGUGGUGAGAUGCUGUAUCUACGCAGUAGUCAAGUAGUCUAGUGGUGCCUCCCAACCACAGGACUCCGUAACUAACCUACUAUAAGUAUUUAACCACCGCGUUGCCUCUCCUCUCCAUU